AUGAAGUUCAACGUUGUCAUCGGCCUGGCCGCCGCUCUCUCUAUGGCUCCUAACGCCGCCGCCUGGAAUCUGCCUCAUUUGGGCGGAGGUCAUUCCCAUGCCACUCCCACUGCUAUGCCCACCGGCCUCCCUUCCGGUUUUGUACCCACUGGUGUUGCUAGCGGCUUCCCUCGGGCAUCUGGACGUCCUCAUGGUCACGGCGGUCACCAAGGUGGCCGUCCUGGCCCUCGCCCCUCCGGUGUUAUUCCCAGCGGCAUACCUGCCGGUGGCGCUAAGCCCAGUGGAUUUGACGACGGCUUCGGCAACGUUCCCACCGGGGUUCCCUCUGGUUUCCCUCCGUCGGGCACUGGCACCAGCCAAGUUCAAGGUGGUAACUUCGACGGCGAUUCUGCUCCCAGUGGCAUGCCAUCUGGCUCCCCUAGCGGCAACUUUGGCGAGGGCGCAACCCCGUCCGGUGCUCCUUCUGGCUUUUCUAAGUCUGACAGUGUUGUCGCCCGCUCUGAAGGUGGCUCCGUCGGUGCCAUGCCUAGUGGUGUUUCUGGCGGAAAGGGCCCCAUGCCCAGCGGUAUUUUUAGCAGUUUUGGUGCUCAGACCAGCGGUGUUUCUGGCAGUUUCAGCCGCGGUGGCGAGUUCCAGCAGGGUGGUGAAUCCCAAAGGAGUGGUCAAUCUCAGCAAGGUGGCCAGCAAUUCAACCGCUUCCACGCUCGCCAGAUCCGCCCUAUCCGGGCAUGA